CCUCACAAUUUCAUUGUCUUCCAUAAUGUCCGCCCCUCAAGAACUCCACGACCCGCACAGCGGCGAUGAAGAGGAAGCCACCAUGCUAGACGCAGACGAAGCCGCAGAAGAAAUUCUCGACGAUGACGACGCAGCCAUGGACUCCGGCGAUGACGAAGAAGCUGACCCAAACGACGACCAGAUCAUGCAAGAAAUCGAGAUCCAAAACGAUUCCGCAGCACACUUCGACUCUUUCAAAGACAGCAUAUUCUGUAUAGCUCAGCACCCUCUCCUGCCGAAUAUAAUAGCUACUGGAGGCAGUGAAGGAGAGGACGCUGGCGGGGUGGGGUAUAUCUUCGAUUCUACACCGAAAGAGGCAGAUACACCUGUUCUGCCGCCUAGCUACCAGAGUGCGCCGAGUGAGAGGACGGAGAGGAAGAGUCUUGAGUCGUUGUUUAAGUUGGAGGGACAUACGGAUUCGAUUAACGCCUUGACGUUUACGUUACCCAGGGGAGAAGUGCUGUUGUCUGGUGGUCUGGACGGAAAGCUGCGAGCAUAUUCGCAAAAGGAUAAGAGUGGACAGAAAUGGGCAUAUCUUGCAGAAGCUCAGGAAGUGGAGGAGAUCAAUUGGUUGAUUCCAUGUCCGAAUCCGGCAUACGAGAAUACGGUUGCACUUGGGGCACUCGAUGGGAGCGUAUGGGUCUACACUGUUGACACCUCGAGUAAGGAUGCACCGUUGCAGAUUGUACAGUCAUACUUUCUACACACUGUGAGCUGUACAGCUGGAGCUUGGUCGAGCGAUGGGAAAUUGUUGGCUACUGUUAGUGAAGAUGGUAGUUUAUACGUCUGGGAUGUAUUUGGAGAAGGUGCAGCGGCAGGAUUGACACAAGGAGAAGGCGGCGCAUAUGUCGUGGGACUCACUUCCCUCGAUCAGAGAUUUGCGGUCGAAGGAGGACUGUACAGUGUGGCGAUUGCGCCAACGGGCGCUUUCGUGGUUGUUGGCGGCGCAGGAGGGGCCAUAAAAGUCGUUGGCUUACCAAGAUUAGGAGGUGAUGCUUCUGGAGCUGCGCCUGCGGGGAGGAGUGGUGCCGGUGCGGCGUCGAAGUCGAAAGGUGGGAAACAAGUUGGUGGCAAGGCGUCUGGCAGUGCUGCAUCGGCUGGUCAGGCAGGUCAAAUAUUGGCCGAUCUUCAAGCACAAGGAGAUGGUAUUGAAACAUUGGCUUUCGCUCCUCCUCCAUUGACGCUCUUGGCUGCAGGUAGUGUGGAUGGCAGCAUCGCUCUCUUUGAUUCAGCACACAGAUUUGCAGUACGGCGGCAUAUCAAAGAAGCUCAUGAGGAAUUCUCAAUUGUCAAAGUAGAAUUUGUCAAGAAUUCGAGGACGGGAGGAUGGCUAUUGACAAGCUGCGGGAUGGACGGAGUGGUGAGAAGAUGGGAUACCAGAGGUGGUACUGGAAUGGCAAACUCUGGGUUCGUGAAAGAGUGGAAGGGGCACAGAGGAGAUGGUGAAGGAGGCGGUGUCCUUGGUUUCGUGCAAGGCGAUGGUACCCGAAUAGUUACGGCUGGUGAUGAUGGGAUCUCGUUGAUCUUUGAGGCGCCAAUUGCUUGAUCAUUUGAAUUACAUAGACCUGCAUAGUUGGCGUUUGGGCAAUUAUCAGAAAAGGAUGGAUAAAUGCAAUACCCUCACCGACUAUCCCUUGGGGAACCAUAAAAUGCAUGCACUUUUGUGUUAUGACGAACCAGGAGCCCAGCUCCUUUUUGAAGAAAGUGAGGGACUUUUUGCACUGAUUUCCUGAGAAGUAUGUGCUUCGUGAAGCCCUUGGAAGCAGCUGCGGUUAUCUUGAUCAAUGGAUAGUUUAUCCGUGCCGCAAUGACGUUCAGCAGCUUCCGAGGCAUAUGUAUUUAUUCGACCCUAGUCCAACCAGAAAAGAGCA